AUGCCGUUCCGUCGCCCCGCGGCCCCGUCGCCCGAGGCCCGGUCGCCCGCUUCCCGUCGCCCCCUCCACCCUCGUUACGUGCAGCAGCAGCCCCGCGCACUGCAGCAGCGCGCGUUCGAAGCCACGCGCAGCUGCGUGCGUGGCGGCUCCAGUACGCGCAGCUGCACACGAAUCUGCAGCCGCAAGUUCAGCCUCUACCCCGCCCCCCUUCUUCUCCCUCUCUCUGCUGCGCGUGCGGCAGAAAGGGGGGUGGGAGGAAGGGUGUUGGGUGUCGGGGGAGUGUCGGUCUGUCACCCGCUGCAGUGGGUUGUCUGCCGUCAUCGCCAUGUGUCUGAGGAGAAUGUUGGCUGCGUGCAGGGAGGCCAGGUGCUGCCAGGCCCCCUCGCCCUGCCCGUCCGCGUGCACCUCGUCCGCCGCGUCCCCUCCCCGCCACCGGUGCUCGUCCCCGAGUUCUUGCUGGCGGGUUUCCCGCCGCCGCCUCUGCUGCGCGGUCUCGCAGCAGCCUCUGCCGUGGUGUUCCUCCUCGGCGCCUGUCAAUCACGGUCACUUGCUCCUCUUCGACGACCGCUGCCCCAUCCUCCGCCUCGGCCUCCUCCCGUUCAGCUCUUUCGUGGGGCCGUCCCGCCUCGUACCCUGUACCUGAUGACGGGCCGGCGCCGGCCGCCUCGGCGUGAAGUGAUCGUGGCGGCAGGAUCUCCUGCUGUGCCCACCCUGCCAGCGGCCCAGGGCGGGCAGGUGCCAGCCCUGUUCCGAGCCGUCGCGGACUGCCUGACUGCGGGUGUUGGCGCCGCGCCUUCUGCGCCACCGAUGGCGCCUGCUCGACCAAGGGAGCCCGUGUACCGCUCCCCUCGCGGGCGCACUCAUCCGUUUCUCCGUGCACGUGGCCAUUCCUUCCGUCGCCAUCGUCCCCCUCGCCCGCCAUUGUCCGGCCAGGCUCGUCUUCGACCCCAGCUUCGGGCCCCGGCCACACAGUCCCAGCCGUUGCAACUCCCUCCGCCUCAGUCGCAGUCCGCGUCGUCCCAACCGUGUGCGCCGGCUGCGCCAGCGCAGUCUGCACCGCCCAUCCCUCCGCCGCGGCCCCCCCCUCCAGUGCCGGAGCCGGCGUUGCCUCCGCGGACGUGUCCUUCUGCCCCCGUCGCUCCGCCUCCUCAGGCCGAUCCCGCCCCUCCGGUUGGCGUACAGGCGCAUCCCCUGUCGUCGGUAACAGGGCCAGGCCCGGCGCCGCCACCCCCUCGACCGUUUCCUCCGCCUCAUGCGCCGCCCUCUUCGGGGCCAACUCCUUCCGCGCCGUUUGCGUAUUCGUACCCCCCUCGGCUGAAUGUGGCGGCGUCUGCUCCUCCUGGCACUCGCCGGCUCCCUUUCCCUGUUCCCGCCCCUCAUGGGCCUCAGCGCCAGCACCCCCUUAUGCCGGGGUCUCGCCCCCCUGCGGCUCGGUUCGGAUUUGUGAGUUCCCCCCGUUGCCAUCUCCUUCCCGGCCGCCGCAUGUCGUUCUCCCCUGCCUAUCACUCAUCUGCUGUGUCUUGCGCUUUCCCCGUCCCCCGCCAUCGUGCGCUCCCUUCGUUCCCGCAGCAUCAGCCGGUGCCUGGCCUUUCCCGCGGCUACUGGAGCGAAGACGAGGUGCCUGGGACCCCUCGUGACCCUGAGGUGGACUGGGAUGGUGUUUCGUGGCCGCAUGUGCCGCGCGAAGGGAAUUGGAACUGGAACACUCCCCCCCCGAGCCCUCCUUGGGGUGAGCCGCGGCCUGGAGAUGGGGCUUACCAGUCCCGUGGGACGCACCUGGCGGAGGUUGGCCGCUGCGUGACAGAGCUGUCGUUCGUGCUUGACCUCCUGCAUGACGCACUUCAGUCGCGGGAGGUGGUGGCACGGGAUCCGCAGAUGAAUGAGGACCAGCAGGGGCGGGUGCGGCGUGCAGUGUCGGGUGCGCUGUGGGAGGUGCAUCUGCCGCUUGAGCCCGCGGACCCUUUGCUGGACGAUGGACCUGGCGCUGCGGCUUUCCGCAUGGUAGCCACGGCUGCUGAGGAGUGCCCGCUUGGGAUCGUCCCUGUGAUCGCGUGUGUGCUCCGGUGGCUUGGCCGGCGGGUGAAGCGGAUCUAG